CAGGGACGCCUGGCCCCAGCUGGGACCCCUCCCAUCCCUCUCCGCCCCUCGGUGUCAGUGGCCCGGGCCCUGGGCCGCACCUGUGGCUGCCGGCCGGGGUGGAGGGCUUGGAGGGUGUGGCGCGGGCAGAGUUUCGCGGCCCGGGUCCGGCUCGGCGCUGCUGCCGCUGCCCGAGGCCUGUGGGGUCCCUCGGAGAGAGGCCGGAGCGGUUCCGGGCUGCCCCGGCGCUCGCCCAGAGAGUGGGGAGAGAGAGAAGCAGAGGGAGAAGCAGGCUCCUCCACUCGAUCCCGGGACUCCAGAAUCACACCCUGGGCUGAAGGCUGCGCUAAACAGCUGAGCCACCGGGCUGCCCGGAGUCUGAUGCUUAAUGGACUGAGCCACCCAGGUGCCCCUUGAGUAUGUUUUAAAGGUUAAGAUGAAACACUGCAGGUAGACCUUCUGAAGAUAAGGAAGAAGAAAAACAACAUUACAGACUCUGAAAAAAAUCUGGUUUAAUAAAUCUUAGGCCUUUAGAGGCUGGUCUGAAAAAACUUCAGUAAUGGAUCAGAGGAAGAAUGAGAGUAUUGUUCCUAGUAUCACUCAAUUAGAAGAUUUUCUUACAGAACACAAUUCCAAUGUUGUUUGGCUCCUUGUUGCUACAAUUUUGUCCUGUGGAUGGAUUAUUUACCUCACAUACUACAAUUCUCGAAACGUUGGUCUUAUUUUAACAUUGGUUCUUAAUAGAUUAUACAAACAUGGCUAUAUCCAUAUUGGGUCCUUCUCUUUCUCUGUUCUUUCUGGAAAAGUCAUGGUUCGUGAAAUCUAUUACAUUACAGAAGACAUGUCUAUUAGAAUUCAAGAUGGAUUUAUAAUUUUUCGGUGGUGGAAAAUGUAUAAUCCAAAACAAAAGCAACAUGAUCCAAAAGCAGAAACCAGAUUAUAUAUCACAGUCAAUGACUUUGAAUUUCAUGUCUAUAAUCGUUCGGAUCUUUAUGGACGUCUUCAAGAAUUGUUUGGUUUGGAGCCAACAAUAAUUCCACCCAAGAAAGAGGAUGAUAAAACACGAGAAAAUGGAAGAACAAGAACCCAGUCCAAAAUUGAAAGGGUUAAAGUAAAAACAGAAUCUCAAGACCCCACAUCUUCAUGGAGAUCACUUAUUCCAGUCAUAAAGGUCAAUGUGAGCACAGGACGUUUGGCCUUUGGAAAUCAUUACCAACCUCAAACUCUAUGUAUCAACUUUGAUGAUGCUUUCUUAACUUAUACUACAAAACCACCUUCUAGUCAUCUUGACCAAUUCAUGCAUAUUGUGAAAGGGAAGCUUGAAAAUGUUCGAGUCAUGCUAGUUCCUAGUCCAAGAUACGUUGGUCUUCAAAAUGAUGAGCCACCAAGAUUAAUGGGAGAAGGGUUUGUGGUGAUGCAAUCAAAUGAUGUUGACAUCUACUACUACAUGGAUGAGCCAGGACUUGUUCCAGAAGAAACAGAAGAAAAUAUUGAAGGAGAAAUGAGCAGUGAGGAUUGCAAAUUACAAGAUUUGCCUCCAUGUUGGGGACUGGAUAUUGUUUGUGGUAAAGGAACAGACUUUAAUUAUGGGCCAUGGGCCGAUAGGCAAAGAGAUUGUUUAUGGAAGUUUUUCUUCCCACCUGAUUAUCAAGUUCUGAAAGUUUCUGAAAUUGCACAGCCUGGGAGACCACGACAGAUCCUUGCUUUUGAACUACGAAUGAAUAUUAUUGCAGAUGCUACAAUUGAUUUGCUGUUUACCAAAAACAGGGAAACAAAUGCUGUGCAUGUAAAUGUAGGAGCUGGCUCAUAUUUAGAAAUUAAUAUUCCAAUGACAGUUGAGGAAAAUGGUUAUACUCCUGCAAUUAAAGGACAGCUCUUGCAUGUUGAUGCCACCACGAGCAUGCAAUACCGGACUCUUUUAGAAGCAGAAAUGUUAGCAUUCCACAUCAAUGCCAGUUAUCCCCGAAUAUGGAACAUGCCACAGACUUGGCAGUGUGAAUUAGAGGUUUAUAAAGCUACCUACCACUUCAUCUUUGCACAGAAGAACUUCUUUACUGAUUUAAUUCAAGACUGGUCGAGUGAUAGUGCUCCAGAUAUUUUUUCAUUUGUGCCAUAUACAUGGAAUUUUAAAAUCAUGUUUCAUCAAUUUGAAAUGAUUUGGGCUGCUAAUCAACACAAUUGGAUUGACUGUUCCACUAAACAACAGGAAAAUGUGUAUCUGGCAGCCUGUGGGGAAACAUUAAACAUUGAUUUCUCUUUGCCUUUUACGGACUUUGUUCCAGCUACGUGUAACACCAAGUUCACUUUAAGAGGAGAAGAUGUUGAUCUUCAUUUAUUUCUACCAGAUUGCCACCCUAGUAAAUAUUCAUUAUUUAUGCUGGUAAAGAAUUGCCAUCCAAAUAAAAUGACUCAUGAUACUGGUAUUCCUGCUGAGUGUCAAAGUGGCCAGAAAACAGUUAAACCAAAAUGGCGGAAUAUUACACAAGAAAAAUCCGGUUGGGUUGAAUGCUGGACUGUACCAAGUGUCAUGCUUACAAUUGAUUAUACAUGGCAUCCAAUUUAUCCACAAAAAGCAGAUGAGCAGCUAAAACAAUCAUUGUCAGAAAUGGAAGAAACAAUGCUAUCUGUAUUAAGGCCAUCCCAGAAAACAUCAGAUAGAGUUGUUUCUUCUCCUUCUACUUCUUCACGCCCACCUAUUGAUCCCUCAGAACUUCCACCUGAUAAGCUUCAUGUAGAAAUGGAACUUUCCCCAGAUUCUCAAAUAACUCUCUAUGGACCGCUAUUAAAUGCCUUCUUAUGUAUAAAGGAAAACUACUUUGGGGAAGAUGACAUGUAUAUGGAUUUUGAAGAGGUUAUUUCAAGUCCUGUUCUGUCACUGUCAACAUCAUCCAGCUCUGGGUGGACUGCUGUUGGAAUGGAAAAUGACAAAAAGGAAAAUGAAAGUUCAGCCAAGUCAAUUCAUCCACUUACCUUGCGUCCUUGGGAUAUUACUGUACUUGUUAAUUUGUACAAAGUUCAUGGGCGUCUUCCUGUUCAUGGAACCACUGAUGGUCCUGAGUGCCCUACAGCAUUCUUGGAAAGACUGUGUUUUGAAAUGAAAAAAGGAUUUCGGGAGACCAUGCUGCAACUUGUCCUGUCACCCCUGAAUGUGUUUGUUAGUGAUAACUAUCAGCAGCGACCCCCUGUGGAUGAAGUACUGAGGGAAGGUCACAUCAAUUUGUCAGGUCUCCAGCUGAGAGCACAUGCUAUGUUCUCAGCAGAAGGUCUUCCUUUGGGAAGUGAUUCCUUGGAAUAUGCAUGGUUAAUUGAUGUGCAGGCUGGAAGCCUUACAGCUAAGGUUACAGCACCACAGCUAGCUUGUCUCUUGGAGUGGGGACAGACAUUUGUUUUUCAUGUGGUAUGUCGGGAGUAUGAACUGGAAAGACCUAAAUCAGUAAUAAUAUGUCAGCAUGGAUUUGACCGUCGGUUCUGUGAAUCCAAGUUGAGUUGUAUUCCUGGACCUUGUCCAACUUCAGAUGAUUUGAAAUAUACUAUGACUCGUUUAGCAGUAGAUGGAGCAGAUAUUUAUAUUGUGGAGCAUGGCUGUGCUACAAAUCUAAAGAUGGGUGCAAUUCGAGUUGCAAACUGUAAUCUCCACAAUCAGUCCGUUGGGGAAGGAAUAAGUGCUGCAAUUCAGGAUUUUCAAGUGAGACAGUACAUUGAACAAUUAAAUAAUUCCAGAGUUGGACUUCAGCCUGCAUUACUCCGGAGGGCCUAUUGGCUUGAAGCUGGGUCAGCCAAUUUAGGACUCAUUACUGUUGAUAUUGCAUUAGCUGCUGACCAUCAUUCUAAACAUGAGGCUCAAAGAUAUUUCUUAGAAACUCAUGAUGCCAGAACUAAGAGGUUGUGGUUUUUGUGGCCAGAUGAUACUCUGAAGAAUAAGAGGUGUAGGAACAAGUGUGGUUGUCUUGGUGGCUGCAGGUUCUUUGGUGGCACGGUAACUGGCCUAGAUUUCUUCAAACUUGAAGAGUUGACACCUUCCAGUAGUUCUGCAUUUUCAAGCACGAGUGCAGAGUCUGAUAUGUAUUAUGGACAGUCUCUGCUACAGCCUGGAGAAUGGAUUAUUACUAAAGAAAUUCCCAAAAUUGUAGAUGGUAAUGCUAAUGGCAUGAAGAGGAAAGAAUGGGAAAACAAACCAGUGGGAAUAGAAGUAGAAAGAAAAACUCAGCACCUUAGUCUUCAAGUACCAUUAAGAUCUCAUAGCUCAUCCUCUUCCUCAGAAGAGAAUAGUAGUUCUAGUGCUGCACAGCCUUUAUUGGCUGGAGAAAAGGAAAGUCCCUCUUCUGUCGCUGAUGACCAUGUGGUUCAAAAAGAGUUCUUGCAUAGUGCAAAAAGAGAUGAUGGCCAAGUAAGUAUGCCUCCAGAAAUUUCAGGAAACAGCCCCGUGUCUCCUAAUACUCAGGAAAAAUCAGUAGGUCAGUCUCCUCUGAGAUCUCCCUUGAAACGACAAGCCUCUGUAUGUUCCACUCGACUUGGGAGUACUAAAAGCCUUACUGCUGCUUUUUAUGGGGACAAACAGCCUGUUACAGUUGGAGUCCAGUUUAGUAGUGAUGUCUCCCGAAGUGAUGAAAAUGUACUAGACUCACCAAAGCAGAGAAGGAGUUUUGGUUCAUUUCCAUACACACCAUCAGCAGACUCCAAUUCGUUUCAUCAAUAUCGAUCAAUGGAUUCCAGCAUGUCGAUGGCUGAUAGUGAAGCCUACUUUUCUGCAGCUGAAGAAUUUGAGCCCAUUAGCAGUGAUGAAGGGCCUGGAACUUACCCAGGUAGAAAAAAGAAGAAAAAGCAAACACAACAGAUUGACUACAGUAGAGGUUCCAUAUAUCACAGUGUGGAAGGACCGCUUACUGGCCAUGCAGAAAGCAUUCAGGAUCCCCGAACUCUGCCAUUCAAAACUCAUCCUUCUCAGGCUUCAUUUGUUUCUGCACUCGGUGGAGAAGAUGACAUUAUAGAACAUCCAUAUGUUGUAGAGGUUGAGAAAACAGUAGAGAGUGAACAGAUUACUUCUCAACAACCUGUGAUGAAUUGUUAUCAGACUUACCUUACUCAGUUCCAGGUAAUUAAUUGGUCAGUGAAGCACCCUACUAACAAAAGAACCUCUAAAUCCUCACUGCAUCGUCCCCUCGAUCUGGAUACUCCAACUAGUGAAGAAAGUUCAUCCUCAUUUGAACAGCUUUCUGUUCCAACUUUUAAGGUUAUCAAACAGGGGCUCACAGCUAAUUCUUUACUAGACAGAGGAAUGCAACUUUCAGGAUCAACUUCGAAUACACCAUAUACGCCUCUGGAAAAAAAAGGUGUUGAUAACACAGAUGAUGAAACAUUGACAGAAGAAUGGACCCUGGAUCAGCCAGUCUCUCAGACCAGGACCACAGCCAUAGUUGAAGUAAAAGGGACUGUUGAUAUUGUUCUGACUCCUUUGGUGGCUGAAGCUUUAGACAGGUAUAUUGAAGCAAUGGUUCAUAGUGCUAGUACACGCCAUCCAGCUGCAAUUGUAGAUGAUCUCCAUGCCAAAGUCCUCAGGGAGGCUGUCCAAAAUAGCAAGACUACCUUCUCAGAAAAUCUAUCUUCCAAACAAGAUGUUAGAGGAAUAAAAACUGAGCAUGCUACUAUAGGAACAACUAACCAAGGACAAGCACAGACAAAUCUUAUAAUGAAGCAAGAUAAUGUAACAAUUAAAGGUCUGCAGGCUAAUGUUAGCAUACCAAAGGUAAACUUAUGUUUGUUACAAGCUUCAGUGGAAGAAUCUCCAAGUACAGCUCCUAGUAAAAGUGUGACUCAUGUUUCUCUAGUAGCUUUGUGUUUUGACAGAAUUGCUACGCAAGUUCGUAUGAACAGAGGUGUGGUUGAGGAGACUUCAAACAAUACAGAACCCGGUAGAACAUCAAAUUUUGAUAGGUAUGUCCAUGCCACUAAGAUGCAGCCUCAGUCAUCUGGAUCUCUCCGAUCAAAUGCUGGAGCAGAAAAAGGCAAAGAAAUUGCAGCUAAGUUAAAUAUUCAUCGAGUUCAUGGGCAACUAAGGGGUCUCGAUACAACAGAUAUUGGUACCUGUGCCAUCACUGCUAUUCCUUUUGAGAAGUCCAAAGUUUUAUUUACUCUUGAAGAGUUGGAUGAGUUUACUUUUGUGGAUGAAACUGAUCAGCAAGCUAUUCCAGAUGUAACUCGAAUAGGUCCCAGCCAAGAAAAAUGGGGUUGGAUAAUGUUUGAAUGUGGACUUGAAAAUUUAACCAUAAAAGGAGGAAGACAGUCUGGUGCUGUAUUAUAUAAUACUUUUGGAAUUAUGGGUAAAGCUAGUGUUACAGAAAGAGGUGGCGUGCUGACAUCUAAUAAUUCUUCUGAUUCUCCAACUGGCAGUGGCUAUAAUACUGAUGUCUCUGAUGAUAAUCUCCCUUGUGAUCGAAUAAGCCCUUCUUCAGACUUGAAUGGAAAUUCUGUUUCAGAUGAACAAGAUGAAGGAGUCGAAUCUGAUGAUUUGAAAAAAGAUCUACCUCUGAUGCCCCCACCUCCAGAUUCAUGUAGCAUGAAGUUGACCAUCAAGGAAAUUUGGUUUAGUUUCGCAGCUCCCACCAAUGUGAGAUCUCCUACACAUGCAUUUUCUAGGCAGCUGAAUCUUUUAAGCACCGCCACUCCAGCUGUUGGUGCAUGGCUUGUUCCCAUUGAUCAACUCAAAUCAUCCUUAAACAAAUUAGAAACUGAGGGCACCUUGAGAAUUUGUGCUGUUAUGGGAUGCAUAAUGACAGAAGCAUUAGAGAAUAAAAGUGUACAUUUUCCCUUAAGAAGUAAAUACAACAGGCUUACAAAAGUUGCACGUUUUCUCCAAGAAAACCCUUCAUGUUUACUGUGCAAUAUACUGCACCACUACCUGCACCAGGCAAAUUACUCCAUCAUUGAUGAUGCUACAAUGAGUGAUGGACUUCCUGCUUUGGUAACUUUAAAGAAAGGUUUAGUUGCACUGGCAAGGCAGUGGAUGAAGUUUAUUGUAGUGACACCAGCCUUUAAAGGAGUUAGCUUACAUAGACCAGCUCAGCCACUGAAACCUCAGUCAGCUGUGGACCAUGAACAUGAAGACGGACUUGGUCUAGACAAUGGAGGUGGUCUUCAAAGUGACACCAGUGCUGACGGAGCGGAAUUUGAAUUUGAUGCAGCCACAGUCAGUGAACACACAAUGCUACUAGAAGGAACAGCUAACCGUCCUCCACCUGGUACCUCUGGACCUGUAACUGGAGCUGAGAUAAUGAGGAAACUUUCUAAGACUCAUACCCAUAGUGACUCUGCAUUAAAAAUCAAGGGCAUUCACCCAUAUCAUUCUUUGAGCUAUACCAGUGGAGACACCGCCACAGAUUCUCCAGUGCAUGUUGGACGUCCCGGGAUGCCAGUUAAGGAGAGUCCAAGGAAGGAGAGCCUACUCAGCUACCUGACUGGAAGCUUCCCAAGCUUGCACAACCUCCUAGAAGGGACUCCUCAACGAAGUAGUGCAGCUGUAAAAAGCAGCUCUCUAACAAGGACGGGAAAUACAAUGGCCACUGAUAUGUUAUCUGAACAUCCCUUGCUAUCUGAGCCAUCAUCUGUGAGUUUUUAUAACUGGAUGUCAAAUGCUGUGGGUAAUCGUGGAAGUGUGGUACAAGAAUCUCCUGUUACAAAAUCCGCACACAAUAGUCUUCCAUCAGGUGUUGCACCCAAUCUUCCAACAAUACCCUCAGCCUCGGAUUUCAACACUGUCUUAUCUAGUGACCAGAAUACUUUGGAUGGAACACAUUCUCAGCAUAGUACUAGUCAGGAUGAUGUGGCAGGUGUAGAAGAAGCCAACCAAGGGUUUCCUGCUGUGCAACUUGCUGAUGCACAGGUUGUUUUUAAGCCUCUUCUCAGUCAUACAGGAAUUCAGUCACAGGAUGCAAUGCCACUCUGCUACCGAAUGUACUUUGGAGAACACCUUUCAUUUUCAGGGACUUUGGACUGCCUUAGAGCAGAUAUUGUAGAUUCAGACACAGCCAAAGAGAGAAAAGGCAAAAGAGCAAGAAGGCAAGGUCAUGUGAAUCUUCCUCCACUGGAGUUCAAACCAGCGCUGAUGUUGGAAACCUUUAGCAUCAGUGCUGUUGUAAUGGAAAAGUCGGUGUGCACUCCUCAGAACUCUACCAGCGCUCUUUCUUUCCAUGAUCUCAACAAACGAUAUUAUAAUACCUUUCACUGUAACUUCACUAUUUCUUGUCAGUCAAUAAGCCAGCAUGUAGAUAUGGCUUUGGUUCGCCUUAUUCAUCAAUUUAGUACGAUGAUAGACGACAUCAAAGCGACUCAAACUGACAUUAAACUUAGCAGAUAUACAGCUGGAUCGGCUUCCCCAACACCUACCUUCAAAACCAGAAAACACCGGGAUUUUCGCUCCUCCGACUUCAGCCGCAGUUCUAGAGGAAGCCUGAAUGGUGGCAAUAGAGUAAACAAUGCAAAGAACAAACGGACCAACAAUGAAAAUAACAAAAAGGACUCUCGAAACAAAAAUUCGUUAGGAAGAUCUGAAAGAAGAACUUCAAAAGUGUCCAGGAAAGGCUCAAAAGAUGUGGUGGACCAUAUGACUAUCCACAUGGAUGACUCUGAUUCAAUCACAGUGUCAGAGCAAAGUGAGCCAUCCGCUGAGUGCUGGCAAAAUAUGUAUAAAUUACUUAACUUCUAUUCACUUAUCUCUGAUCCAACAGGAAUAUUGGAAAAAUCUUCAGAAACAUUUGGACCAGCAGGAGUUCGGAGCCCUACAGAGCCAACAUGUAAAGUUGUGUUUGAGAAUGAACAAGACAGUAACAGUUUGACUAAGACACAGAGGAAGCGUAGCUUAGUAACUUCUGAACCUCAGCAUGUUACUCUAAUAGUGUUUGGGAUUGGCAUGGUGAACCGCACACACCUGGAGGCAGACAUUGGUGGGCUAACAAUGGAAUCAGAACUGAAGAGGAUCCAUGGCAGCUUUACACUUAAGGAAAAAAUGAAAGAUGUUUUACAUCAAAAGAUGACUGAAACAUGUGCCACUGCUCAUAUUGGUGGUGUUAAUAUUGUGCUGCUUGAAGGAAUUACACCAAAUAUACAACUGGAGGAUUUUCCUACAUCUCCUACAAGCACAGCCAAACAAGAGUUUCUAACUGUAGUGAAGUGUAGUAUUGCCAAGUCACAAGCCCUCUACAGUGCCCAGAGAGGGUUGAAGACUAACAAUGCUGCCGUGUUCAAAGUAGGAGCUAUCAGCAUCAACAUUCCCCAGCACCCUGCCACCUUACAUAGCAUGAUGGUUCGAAGUUCCCACCAACUAUCUAAGCAGAUCUCAGAUCUUAUCAGACAGCCUUCUACAGCCCCUCAGCCCAUGAAAGAAGAUAUUGCAACACCCCUACCUUCUGAAAAAACCCCAACAAGUGUUAAUCAAACACCUGUUGAAACAAAUGAAUUUCCUCAGCUACCUGAAGGGUUAGAAAAGAAGCCCAUUGUUCUUAAAUUCAGUGCCAUGUUAGAUGGUAUAGCCAUUGGAGCAGCACUUUUACCAUCUCUGAAAGCAGAAUACAAAAUGGGAAGAAUGAGAAGUCAUGGAAUGACAGGUGCACAGACCAGGUUUACAUUUGAGCUGCCAAAUCACAGAUUGCGUUUUACUUCCAAAGUGUCUGCCACAGAUAUGUCAACCAUUCCUCCUUCUGCUAGUCUCAACCUUCCUCCUGUUACUAUGUCAGGAAAAUAUAUAAUGGAAGAACAUGAUAGUUAUUCAGAUCAGGUGUGGAGUAUUGAUGAACUGCCUUCUAAACAAGGGUACUAUUUACAGGGAAAUUAUCUACGUUGUGUGGCAGAAGUUGGUUCCUUUGAACAUAAUCUCACAACUGAUCUUCUAAAUCACUUGGUAUUUGUACAGAAAGUGUUCAUGAAGGAAGUUAAUGAAGUAAUACAGAAAGUUUCUGGUGGGGAGCAGCCUAUUCCUCUUUGGAAUGAGCAUGAUGGAACAGCAGAUGGAGAUAAGCCUAAAAUUCUACUUUAUUCUCUGAACUUGCAGUUUAAGGGUAUUCAAGUAACAGCCACUACUCCAUCAAUGAGAGCUGUGAGAUUUGAAACUGGAUUGAUAGAGCUGGAACUUUCGAACCGACUUCAAACCAAAGCUUCACCAGGGAGUAGCAGCUAUCUGAAACUGUUUGGUAAAUGCCAGGUGGAUUUAAAUUUGGCAUUAGGACAAAUUGUCAAACAUCAAGUUUAUGAGGAAGCUGGUUCUGAUUUUCAUCAAGUUGCUUAUUUUAAAACCAGGAUUGGAUUAAGAAAUGCCCUCCGAGAAGAAAUCAGUGGUUCUUCAGAUAGGGAAGCUGUGCUUAUUACCUUGAAUAGACCAAUUGUUUAUGCACAGCCUGUGGCCUUUGAUAGAGCUGUGCUGUUUUGGCUGAAUUAUAAGGCUGCCUAUGACAACUGGAAUGAACAACGAAUGGCUUUACAUAAAGAUAUUCAUAUGGCUACAAAGGAAGUAGUAGAUAUGCUACCAGGUAUCCAGCAAACAUCAGCUCAGGCCUUUGGGACUCUCUUCCUCCAGCUCACUGUGAAUGAUCUGGGAAUAUGCCUGCCCAUCACAAAUACUGCACAGUCUAAUCACACUGGAGACCUUGACAUUGGUUCUGCUUUAGUAUUGACCAUUGAAAGUACUCUUAUCACUGCAUGUUCUUCAGAAUCUCUGGUUAGUAAAGGGCAUUUCAAAAACUUUUGUAUUCGUUUUGCUGAUGGCUUUGAGACGUCGUGGGAUGACUGGAAACCAGAAAUUCGUGGCGAUCUAGUGAUGAAUGCCUGUGUAGUUCCAGAUGGCACGUAUGAAGUAUGUUCUAGGACUACGGGACAAGCAGCUGCUGAAAGUAGUAGUGCUGGAACCUGGACACUCAAUGUUUUGUGGAAAAUGUGUGGGAUCGACGUCCACAUGGAUCCUAACAUUGGCAAAAGACUAAAUGCACUGGGCAAUACCCUUACGACACUGACAGGAGAGGAGGACAUAGAUGACAUUGCUGAUCUAAAUUCAGUGAACAUAGCUGACCUGUCAGAUGAGGAUGAAGUUGACACUAUGUCUCCCACUAUCCAUACUAGUUCAGAUGGAAGUUCAGUAGGUGGAGAUGGCCACAAGCUCACCUUUGGGCAGCGACUUGUAAAUCACCUGCUAGGCCUGACGCCCCCAAAUCAGCGCUAUUCUGUUCCUGCAGAGUAUCUGUGUGACUCAGAGAUGUGGGGCUCCCCUCAGUCUAGCCAGUCCCAUUUGAAAGCAUGCAGAGCUCACUCAUGGGGAAACGAAGCUGUAGAUUAUCGAAGACAAGGAGCAUCUUGUAGCCAGCCAGGAGAACUUAGAGGAAGAAAAAUUAUGAAGCGUAUAGUGGAUAUCAGAGAACUGAAUGAACAAGCCAAAGUAAUAGAUGAUCUUAAAAAAUUGGGUGCAAGUGAAGGAACCAUAAACCAGGAAAUUCAACGUUAUCAGCAGUUAGAAUCUGUUGCUGUGAAUGAUAUUAGAAGAGAUGUUCGUAAGAAAUUACGGAGGUCCAGUAUGCGAGCUGCUUCUCUGAAGGAUAAGUGGGGUUUGGGUUACAAACCAAGUUACAGUCGUUCAAAAAGCAUUUCUGCUUCUGGAAGACCUCCUCUUAAACGAAUGGAAAGGACAAGUUCUCGAAUAGGAGAAACUGAGGAGCUCCCUGAAAUCCGUGUGGAUGCAGCAUCUCCUGGACCCAGAGUAACUUUCAAUAUUCAAGAUACAUUGAAAAAAACAAUAUGGGGAAGUACGCCACAAUCCAGCUGUCCUGGGGAAGGGUAUUUUCAGUUUCCAGAGGAGACAGAACUCGACCUUUUGUCAGUAACCAUUGAAGGUCCAUCCCAUUACUCCUCAAACAGUGAAGGAUCAUAUUCCGUGUUCAGUUCUGCCAAAACUCCAGGAGGCUAUUCAUCAGGCAUUCCUUUCCAACCUGAAGAGGGCCGACGGGAUGACAGUUUGUCUUCUUCUAGUGAAGAUUCUGAGAAGGAUGAAAAGGACGAAGACCAUGAGAGGGAAAGGUUUUAUAUUUACAGGAAACCCUCACAUACAUCUCGUAAAAAAGCAACAGGCUUUGCUGCUGUUCAUCAGCUAUUUACAGAACGCUGGCCCACAGCUCCAGUCAACCGAAGUCUUAGUGGCACAGCCACAGAAAGAAAUAUUGACUUUGAACUUGAUAUACGGGUUGAAAUUGAUAGUGGAAAAUGUGUUCUCCACCCAACUACCCUUCUACAAGAACAUGAUGAUAUAAGCUUGAGAAGGAGUUAUGAUAGAAGUUCCAGGAGUUUAGAUCAAGAUUCUCCUUCAAAAAAGAAGAAGUUUCAAACUAAUUAUGCUUCUACCACCCAUUUAAUGACUGGCAAGAAAGUGCCAUCAUCUCUGCAGACAAAGCCUAGUGAUUUAGAAACAACAGUAUUUUACAUUCCUGGAGUUGAUGUAAAGUUGCAUUACAAUUCCAAGACACUAAAGACCGAAUCACCCAAUGCCUCCAGAGGAUCUUCCUUGCCAAGAACCCUCUCUAAAGAGUCCAAGCUGUAUGCCAAAGGAAAAGGAAGUGGAGGAGUAAAAACAGCCAAAUUAUAUGCUUGGGUGGCACUUCAAUCAUUGCCAGAAGAAAUGGUUAUUAGUCCCUGCCUAUUAGACUUCCUGGAAAAAGCUCUGGAAACUAUCCCAAUUACACCAAUUGAAAGGAAUUAUACAACUGUCAGUUCACAAGAUGAAGAUAUGGGACAUUUUGAAAUACCAGAUCCUAUGGAAGAAUCGACAACAUCAUUAGUAUCAUCUUCAACAUCUGCUUACUCUUCCUUCCCUGUAGAUGUUGUGGUUUAUGUACGAGUUCAGCCUUCACAGAUCAAGUUUAGCUGUUUACCAGUAUCAAGAGUAGAAUGCAUGCUAAAGCUGCCAUCCUUGGACUUGGUGUUUUCCUCAAACCGUGGAGAGCUGGAGACUUUAGGGACUACAUAUCCCACAGAGACUUUAUCCCCUGGAGGUAAUACUACUCAGAGUGGAACAAAGACCUCUGCAGGCAAAUCUGGAAUACCAGGUUCAUCAGGCCUAGGCAGCCCUCUUGGCAGAAGUCGACAUAGUAGUAGUCAAUCGGAUCUGACCAGUUCUAGCAGCAGUUCAUCUGGUUUGAGCUUCACUGCAUGCAUGUCUGACUUUUCCCUUUACGUGUUUCAUCCAUAUGGAGCAGGGAAACAAAAAACUGCUGUUUCUGGGCUCACACCUGGAUCCGGAGGACUAGGGAAUGUGGAUGAAGAACCCACUUCAGUCACUGGUCGAAAAGACUCACUCAGUAUAAACCUUGAAUUUGUGAAAGUGAGUUUGUCUCGGAUAAGGCGUUCAGGAGGAGCCUCAUUUUUUGAAAAUCAGUCUGUAAGCAAGUCUGCAAGCAAAAUGGACACUACACUAAUCAAUAUAUCUGCUGUAUGUGAUAUAGGGUCUGCCUCCUUUAAAUAUGAUAUGCGUCGACUCAGUGAAAUUCUGGCAUUUCCAAGAGCCUGGUAUAGGAGAAGUAUCGCAAGACGACUAUUCCUUGGGGACCAAACUAUAAACUUGCCAACAUCUGGCCCAGGGACACCUGACUCCAUUGAAGGAGUAAGCCAACAUCUUUCCCCUGAAUCAUCAAGAAAAGCUUACUGCAGGACCUGGGAGCAGCCUAGUCAGUCAGCCUCCUUCACACAUAUGCCUCAAUCACCUAAUGUGUUCAAUGAGCACAUGACAAACAGCACCAUGUCACCAGGGACAGCAGCACAGAGCCUAAAAUCCCCAGCUUCCAUAAGAUCAAGGAGUGUGUCUGAUUCUUCAGUUCCCCGAAGAGAUUCACUUUCAAAAACAUCAACUCCUUUUAACAAAUCAAACAAAGCAGCAAGCCAACAAGGGACCCCAUGGGAAACAUUGGUCGUAUUUGCCAUCAACUUGAAGCAAUUAAAUGUUCAAAUGAAUAUGAGUAAUGUAAUGGGAAAUACAACUUGGACAACUAGUGGUUUGAAGAGCCAGGGCCGUCUGUCAGUAGGAAGUAAUCGAGAUCGAGAGAUAAGCAUGUCUGUUGGUCUGGGAAGAUCACAGUUGGAUUCUAAAGGAGGAGUAGUUGGAGGGACCAUAGAUGUCAAUGCUUUGGAGAUGGUUGCUCAUAUUUCUGAACAUCCAAAUCAGCAACCUAGUCACAAAAUUCAGAUUACUAUGGGUUCUACUGAAGCUCGAGUUGAUUACAUGGGCUCAAGUAUCCUCAUGGGUAUCUUCAGUAAUGCAGAUCUCAAGCUUCAGGAUGAAUGGAAAGUAAACCUGUAUAAUACACUGGAUUCGAGCAUGACUGAUAAAAGUGAAAUAUUUGUCCAUGGAGAUUUGAAGUGGGAUAUUUUCCAAGUAAUGAUAUCACGAUCAACUACACCAGACCUGAUAAAAAUAGGAAUGAAGCUCCAGGAAUUUUUUACACAACAGUUUGAUACCAGCAAACGAGCUUUGUCUACCUGGGGACCCGUUCCAUAUCUUCCACCUAAGACAAUGACAAAUAACUUAGAGAAAAGUUCACAGGAACAAUUGCUUGACGCAGCUCAUCAUCGACAUUGGCCUGGAGUAUUGAAGGUGGUAUCAGGAUGUCACAUAUCCUUAUUUCAGAUUCCAUUACCAGAAAAUGGAAUGCAGUUCGGAGGAUCAAUGAGCUUACAUGGAAAUCAUAUGACACUAGCUUGUUUUCAUGGUCCAAAUUUCCGUUCAAAAUCCUGGGCCCUCUUUCACUUAGAAGAACCAAAUAUUGCUUUUUGGACUGAAGCUCAGAAAAUCUGGGAAGAUGGCUCUAGUGAUCAUUCUACAUACAUAGUACAAACAUUGGAUUUUCAUCUGGGCCAUAAUACCAUGGUUACCAAACCAUGUGGUGCUUUGGAAAGUCCUAUGGCAACAAUAACCAAGAUAACAAGACGUCGCCAUGAAAAUCCACCCCAUGGAGUAGCAAGUGUAAAAGAAUGGUUCAAUUAUGUUACAGCCACAAGGAAUGAAGAGCUAAACCUACUUCGUAACGUUGAUGCUAAUAACACUGAGAAUAGCACUACAGUGAAGAAUUCUAGUUUGUUGAGUGGAUUCAGAGGAGGUUCUAGCUACAAUCAUGAAACAGAAACUAUCUUUGCAUUACCAAGGAUGCAGCUUGAAUUUAAAUCCAUUCAUGUUCAAGAACCACAGGAACCUUCAUUACAGGAUGCCAGCCUGAAGCCGAAGGUAGAAUGUAGUGUGGUGACAGAGUUCACUGACCACAUUUGUGUGACUAUGGAUGCUGAGCUCAUCAUGUUCCUUCAUGAUUUAGUGUCUGCUUAUCUUAAGGAAAAAGAAAAAGCCAUUUUUCCACCUCGGAUUUUAUCUACUCGACCAGGACAGAAAAGUCCAAUUAUUAUACAUGAUGACAACUCCUCUGACAAAGACAGAGAGGACAGCAUCACUUAUACUACUGUGGACUGGAGAGACUUUAUGUGUAACACAUGGCAUCUAGAACCCACUCUUAGAUUAAUCUCUUGGACUGGAAGAAAGAUUGAUCCAGUAGGUGUUGAUUAUAUUCUUCAAAAACUGGGCUUCCAUCAUGCCAGGACUACUAUUCCUAAAUGGCUUCAAAGAGGAGUCAUGGAUCCACUUGACAAGGUUCUAUCAGUUCUUAUUAAAAAACUGGGUACUGCACUACAGGAUGAAAAGGAAAAGAAAGGAAAAGACAAAGAAGAACACUAAAAUCACUUGAUCUGUGAACAAAUUAUGAUUGUGUCCGUUAAGUUUUAUUACACUGGAGUGUUUUUUUUUUCUUUUUGUAUAGUAAAAUUAUUUUCAGUAUAACUUAAAAUAACUAAUUUUGUGGCCAUUAUAUUGAAAGUUUGUAAGUUGUUUAUUCUAGUUCCAGCAUUCUGUAUACAGUGAAGUAUUGCAUGAUAAUGUAAAUUUUGUGAAAACCUAGAUUAAAAUAUAUAAAUCUACUCCGUAAGGUUUAUGAUUAUAUUAUGUGCAAUAUGAUUCCUGCAUCUUUAAAAUAUUUUCAGAGUAACUGUGAAUUUUUGUUAUUGGCCAUAACUUUUAGAAAAAUCUUGUUCAUAAUGUGAUUUUUUUUUUUGGUCAUUAAUUGCUUUUUCUUUUUUUAAAAUAUAGUCUUGUAAAAUACCUAUUUGUAUAUAGUUUGAGUAAAUGUGAUAUGAUUACCACUAAAAUAUUGUUUGUAACUAUUGUAAU